GGGUUAUCUCUGGUAUUAUUUCUAUGCUUCUCCAUAGUCUCUGACUCCUUCUUUAUUUAGUCUUCUUGAACCACAGAACGUAGUGUUGCAAACGUCAACGAUUUUAACUGUCAAAAAUUGUGUUUUUCGGUAGUUUCCAAAUAGUGCAUAAUUUGUAAAACACAAUACAACUGGAUUUCUUCUGUUAUUUUAGAUUUUUUAUGAUGAAGUAAAACCAAAUUAAAGAUGUAUUUCUUGCAAGUGGCUAGUAUAAUUUGUAUUAUACUGAUAAGUUUGGUUUAUUCUGUGCCUAUUAAAUUUUAUGAACAAAUAAAGUUAAGCUGUCCUCAAUUAAACAGUGAAUUUCAAAAGCAACAAUUUUUCAUAGAAUGCACAGACACUUCAAGAAUUCUUAGUGUUAAAGAACUUUCAGCAAAAACACUUAAUGAUGUUUUAUGCCUAACCUAUUACAAUAGUCUUGUAAAAUUUUGCAAUAACACUCAAAAUUCGACCAAAGAUCUUAUGCCAACAUUGAAUGAAAAAGAUGUUUGCUCUAACUUUCCUGAAAUAGCAAAUCUUUCAAAUAACCUAAUUACUAGUGAAAACUGUAAUAAAACAUGCGAAACCUUUCCAUUUUCAAAGAAAGUGUGCUCAACGGCUUUUUACUAUUCAAGUCGAAGAAUCGAGUCAAAAUUAUCAGUACCUAAACCAAAGCAGGAAAUUGUAACCACUGAAAAUGCAAUGCUUUUAAACAACAAAAUAAAUGAGGAAGCAAUAGUAAAUACAUCAACUAAGAAAUUAACUGAAACACCAGAAACUGAUAUGAGAAACCUAAAAGGUGAAGCAAACAAUGAGAAUAUUGCACCUGAAGUAAAACAAGAAAAAUUAAUCCCAACUGUUAAUAACACAAAUAUUACUAAAGCCACAUUACCAGAAGUUAAAGAGGUUAUCACUCCAAAUCGGAAAGUUAAAACUCCUGAACCUGAUGCAAACUUCAAACCUGAACCAACACAAGAAAAAGUUCCAACUGCAAAAAUAAUACCACCUGCCAUUGAAAAAGCAAAUGUGCCUAAUACUGCUGAAAUGCCUUUAGAAACAAAGGUUAUCAACCCAACAGUUGCAAUCGAUAAUACUUUGUUCAAUGAAGAGGUAAAUGAUGAACAAGAAGAAGAAGAAAGAAAGAGGCAAGAAUUGGAAGAAAAUGCUGAAGCCAUUGAGGAUAAAGGUGAGAAACCAAAUGACAGCAUAUACAAUGAUGCUAUGGAUGGAGAUUCCUAUUUCUUUUCCUAUUUUAUGGUCGUUUGUCUUAUGUUUGUUUUGGGAUAUGUUGCAUAUCACAAUAGACAAAAACUAUUUGCGUUGUUACUUGAGGGAAAACGUAAUAAAAGAUCCUCGCGCACGCGUAGGCCGAAUUCAGCAAGUUACCACAAGUUGGAUAGCAAUUUGGAGGAGGCUAUCACCUCAGAAUGCAGCAAGAACACCUCACAUGUCAUAUAUUAAGAGCUUACUUAAUGUUUACAAUAUUUUAUAAUAUAUUAUUAUUAUUGUACUUAUGUUUCGUUCAUUUGAUAUUGUAUAAAUGUAAAUAUGAAUUAAUAAUAUGUUUUUUUAUAAAUUUACGGCUUUUUGAUAACAAUAACUAUUAGGACUACUAAGUAUUUAUUUUUAAUUUCAAUUAGCUUUUUUAUUUUAUUUCAGUUCAAUUUUGUUGGGA